CAGCCUGUCACCGACAUAUCUGUCCAUAAUUAGGGAAAAUAUGGCGAAAAGAAGAGCUAAACGCUUACAUAAAGUACUGGGAGGUUUGCUGGGGCAGUAAGGGUGAGAGAGGGACUGACAGACAGAAUGGCUGCAGUGUCCAACGGCUCGACAUCCACUAUGGGUGAUAUCAUCCAACUCAACGUCGGCGGGACAAGGUUCAGCACAUCAAGACAGACCCUCAUGUGGAUUCCAGACUCUUUCUUCUCGAGUUUGCUCAGUGGGAGAAUCUCAACACUACGGGAUGAAACUGGAGCUAUAUUUAUUGACAGGGACCCGACAGCAUUUGUGCCCAUUUUGAACUUUCUGCGGACCAAAGAGCUAGACUUAAGAGGGGUCAGCAUUAGCAUUCUGCGGCAUGAAGCCGAAUUUUACGGAAUAACACCUUUGGUUCGACGUUUGCUGCUGUGUGAGGAAUUAGAGCGGUCGUCAUGUGGGAGCGUCCUCUUUCACGGCUACCUCCCACCACCAGCCAUUCCAGCUCGCAAAAGUCCCGGCGGCCAGAGCGCAGCCCCCGGAGGUCAGGAGGAGCGCCCGGGCCUGGGCGGAGCAGAGGGCGGCUUCUCUCGCUCCUGCUCCCACACAUCUCUGCCAGGGCCUGCCAGUCUGGAAGGCGGCACCAAACUCUCCGGAUCUCCGGUUGAUCCCAGAAAGGUGCUAAUCGUUGCUGGUCAUCAUAACUGGAUCGUAACUGCCUACGCUCAUUUCGUCAUUUGCUACAGGAUAAAGGAAUCGUCAGGGUGGCAGGAGGUGUUCUCCAGUCCUUACCUGGAUUUGGCCAUCGAGCGCGUCGCCCUCAACGCCAAAGUGGUCGGCGGCCCUCACGGAGACAAAGACAAGAUGGUGGCGGUGUCGUCCGAGAGCAGGAUCAUUCUGUGGAGCAUCCAGGACGGAGGAAACGGCAAUGAGAUAGGUGUGUUUAGCCUGGGCGUACCUGUGGAUUCGCUCUUCUUUAUUGGGAGUCAGCUGGUUGCCACCAGUCAUACUGGGAAGGUUGGAGUGUGGAACGCCGUCACUCAGCACUGGCAAGUUCAAGACGUCGUGCCCAUAACCAGCUGUGACACCGCUGGAUCAUUUCUUCUUCUUGGAUGCAACAACGGAUCUAUCUACUACAUAGACAUGCAGAAGUUCCCACUCAGGAUGAAGGACAACGACCUGCUGGUCACUGAGCUCUACCACGAUCCCUCGAACGAUGCCAUCACCGCCCUCAGUGUCUACUUAACACCCAAAACCAGCGUGAGUGGAAACUGGAUCGAGAUCGCGUACGGCACCAGUUCCGGGGCGGUACGGGUGAUAGUGCAGCACCCGGAGACGGUGGGAUCGGGCCCUCAGCUCUUCCAGACGUUCACAGUCCAUCGCAGCCCCGUCACUAAGAUCAUGCUGUCUGAGAAACACCUGGUGUCAGUGUGUGCCGACAACAACCACGUACGUACGUGGACGGUGACUCGCUUCAGAGGCAUGAUCUCCACCCAACCCGGAUCCACACCGCUCGCUUCCUUCAAGAUCAUCUCGCUGGAGGAGACGGAGAGUCACAGCAGCUACUCGUCCGGCAACGAUAUCGGUCCUUUUGGGGAGAGAGACGACCAACAGGUGUUCAUUCAGAAAGUCAUUCCUAUAACCAACAAGCUGUUUGUGCGCCUCUCGUCUACUGGGAGGAGGAUAUGUGAGGUGCAGGCGGUGGACGGCACCACCAUCACGUGUUUCACGGUGCGCGAGUGCGAGGGCUCCAGUCGGAUGGGCUCCCGGCCGCGCCGCUACCUCUUCACCGGCCACGCCAACGGCAGCAUCCAGAUGUGGGACCUGACCACAGCCAUGGACAUGGCCAACAAGAACGACGACAAAAGCAAACGUGACAUCGAGGUCGGCGGGCCCACAGAGGAUGAGCUUCUGAAGCUGCUGGAUCAGUGUGACCUGAGCACGUCACGCUGCGCCACGCCCAACAUCAGUCCCGCGCCUUCGGUGCUCCACCACAGCCGACUUCGGGAGUCCUGCUCCAGUCUCCAGCUGCAGCCCCAGGAACCCGUGUCGGAGACGACGACGUACGCCGCCGUGCGCCCGUACCGAGAGAGCCCGCUCCUGGUCCGCGCCCGCCGCACCGAGAGCUUCAGCAGCCACCCAGACUUCCACAGCUUCAACCUGGCCAAAGUCCUGCGAGAGCACGGCGGCGGCACCGAGGACGACGGCAACGUCGACCCCGGAGACAAGAGGAGCUCGGACAGCCCGGCGUACGCCCCGGACAUGUUCGGAGACCCGCGCCGCAGGGCUCACUCUUCCGACGAGGGGGGACGGAGCAAGGGGGUCCUGGAGGGGAACUUCCUGGGACGGAAGAGGGCGCCUCCGGUCCCUCAGCUGAGCUCGGCGUCCGCGGGGAGCGAAGCGGGGGGCAGCGAUUCGUCCAGCACAGCCUCGCCCUCUCCCACCAAGGUGUCCACUUCGCCGCGUCACCGGAGGGUCCUGGACGCGAGCGAGUGAAGGUCUUGCCGUAUCAUGUCGAGGUAUCUUUGUGAGUGGUGUGGUUGCUAGGUAGCUCAUCGUGUGGUCAUUUUGUACUUAUUACGUUGUGUACCGCAGAUCUCAAACCUGGUAAGAUCCGACGCACUUUAGUGACCGGCAAAAAGGAAACACUACAGUUCAGAUGGGCAGUGGCAAUGACUCAAUAAUAAGCUCAGUGAGAGAAAUACUAGUACGGUAUUAAACAUUAAACUAGUUCUUCUGGUUUGCUUUAAGAACGCACAGUCACUCUAAAAUAUGCAAAAUAAUUGACUGGCACUACAAACUGUCACUGACUACAUUUCCCAGACUUCCUUUGUGCUGCUGUCUAUUCUUUACAAGCCGCUCAAGCCUUAUCCCUCACCUGAUGUUUCUGCAGACGUGUAGUGCUGUGAGUUUCACUGUAUAUACGGCGUCUUAAUAAUUUGCUAAUACAUCGGAUAAUAUGUUGGCUCAUAAUUUUUCAAAACAGCUUUUUUAAAUGCGCUUCAGUUCCUAUAUUGAUAUUCAGCAUUACGGGGCAAGUAUGGGUCCAGUGGGUCCUGGGCGCAAGACAAACACACACCCAUUAUCCACUCGCUCACACGUACAGGUGCAAUUUAGAGCAGCAACUACACCUACUGGCACGUUUUUCAACCUGGAGAAAAGCCACACAGACAGGGAGAACAUGCACCAGUUUGUUUUAACCUGUAAUAAAUUGCAUUUCUCAAAACGUCCACUAGGUGGAGGCAAACCGCAAAUUAAAGAAACUGGCCACAUUUCAGGUCAAUCACGUUGACCUGUUAUGCCUAGUUCACACUACAGUAAGUCCUCGGGUUACGGCAGGUUCGACAUACGGCGUUUCGUGGUUACGUCACCAUCUCCUAUAAAUUUAUUAAGAAAGUCUUGUUCCGCCAUUCCGAUGUACGCCGUUUGAGACGUAAAAACAAAGUUUGCACGGGAACUAGUUGGCGAGUGGAGCGGACGAAUACGAAUAUUUUUACUGUUUCACUUCAUUACUGUACUGUGUAUGUGCUCCAUGUGAGUGACGUAGAUGCUUAUGUAGGUGGGUUCCGAUGUAAGUGGAGGACCUUCUGUACACUGUUUUUGCCCUGAUUUUCGCUUGGCGACUGGUCGGCGCUAGAUUUGCCAGCUCGGGAGCAACUCGGCUCUCGAUCGCUAUAUGUGAGAACUGCUCAACAACUCGAUCCGAGCGGCUUGGCGACUGCAGAAAUAUAUCUAGCAUGUCAAAUAUCUGGAUACGAGUCGCCCAACUGGCGAUGAGUGCGGUGUCGAACAGCCAGUUAGAACACAAGAUACGGUGUGAGGGGAAACACACAGGGGCUUAAUAUAGUUUAUAUCAGAAUACAUCGGCACACACAUCUUUUACAGUAUUUCUGACCUUAUCGUCCUCUACAAAACAUAAUACCCACAUUGGCCGCUCAAGUGGUGCAGCGGUAAAACACACGCUGUUCACCAGAGCUGAGAUCUCGAAUACAUCGUAUCGAACCUUGGCUCUGCCUGCCGGCCGAGGCUGAGCAGCCACAUGAACAACGAUUGGCCUGUUGUUCAGAUAGGGGUGGGAUUAAGCCGGAUGGGGUCAAGCCGGAUGGGGUCUCUCUCUCAGACUAGUGCGAUUACGACCUCUGCUGGCUGGUUGGUAGCGUCUGCACGGAGAUGGGAAAGGAGUGCGGUAGAGGGUGUGGCUCUCCGUACACAGCGCUGUACUGCACUGCACUCGUCUAGUGUAGGUGAUAAGAUGUUCGAUUGCUGUGCACGUGUCGGAGGGGGCGUAGAGCAGCCUCGUCCUCCCCAAUCAGGAGCAGGGACCAGCAUUAGUGAGAGGAUGAUUGACGGGCAGAAAUUGGAUGUGCUAAAAGUGGGAGAAAAAGGGAAAAAACCACAAAAAAAAACACGUUGCAUUGCAAAAAAUAUUUAUUAACCUCCAACUCACUACAGAACAAUUCAUGCUGUUUGUGUUGCCAAAUCCACUCAGAUUCAUUUAUUUUUUCUACUUGAUUUUACGCUGCACAUCACUCGCUACUUGUUGACGUGCAUUUUUGGACGUGGUAUCAUUAAACCCCUCAUCACUGUGUUUUCGUGACAAAACGUAGUUUGGGAGGCCAGAGAAGCUCGCCUGCGAUUCCAGUUGGUGAUAGAUGGUGUAGUGUGAAACCCCCCAUCACCGAUCAGUCGUGUAGUGUGAAAGCCACACCGACUUGAAAGACUCCCGAUUACAAGAGAUCCAGUCGUGUAGUGUGUAGUGUGAACUGUACAGCGACCUGACCACUUGGAAAGUCGUGUAGUGUGAUCUUGGCAUUAGAAUGAGGCGUGAUCUACCAGCAUGCACUGUGUGAUCAACGUUUUGGGCACCCCUGUUAAAAACCAUCAAAGCUUAAUGUACUACAGGUUAAGAGCAGUGCCUUAGUUUUACCGAAUAUCUCUAAACAUUGUUGGAGCAUCGUGAAACCGGAAUCCACCGAUAAGACAAACUGUUUGUGACGUGUGUUCACAAAACACUGAACUGUCUAAUUCAACCUUAAAUCUAGCAUGACGUUGAGGGGGAAAAAACAAGGAAUGUGACUAGCGAGCUGUGAGAUGUACUUUAGAUCGUGGAAUCAGCUUACAUUCAACCUUAGAUUAACAAAACUACAUUGAAUAAACCCACUUUAUACUUUUGCUUUUAAUCUGUAGUAUAAACAACGAAUUAUUAUUGAACCAUUUAUCACUGUAGCUGCUACCUGAGGUUUAGGUUUACAGUUUGAAUCCUACCAAAGUGAAAUGUACAGUAUAUAGCUAUUAAAUAGAAUAUAACACUAUAACGAUGAUCGUAAGUCAAUAUUAUGCAAAGGUUAUCAUCAUAAUUGUAUUUUUUUAUUUAUGUAUAAAAUAUGCAAGAAUAAAAAGUCUGUCAGUACUACAGUACGAUCAUCUCACCAGUUGCCUGUGCUGCCUGCAGAAUUUCAUGCUUGUGCGGGUGGGACGCGGGACAGAUAAACUUAAUAUCAUGCAUACGUACCUAAAAAUCAGACACAACCUGACCUCUAUGUGGAUCCACCUUGUAUUUUACUCGAUAUAGUAUGGAUAUAUUUAGAUCUACUGGACCUGCAUCAGUGAAAGAUCUGCUUUGUAUAGACAUAGGAGUGCAUCACGGAUACAUCGACCAGGCUCAACAUUAUGAGCACUGAUAGGUGAAGUGGAUAACACUGAUUAUCUCUUCAUCACGGCACCUCUUAGUGGGUGGGAUAGCGAGACUGACGAGGGCCAAAUUGUGAUGGCUAGACGACAGGGUCAGAGCGUGUCCAAAACUGCAGCUCUUAUGGGGUGUUCCCGGUCUGCAGUGGUCAGUAUCUAUCAAACAGUGGUAAACCGACGACAGGGGCAUGGGCGGUCAGGGCUCAUUGAUGCCCACGUGGUCCGAUCCAAAAGACUGCUGAAGACGUUAAUGCUGGUUCUGAUAGAAAGGUGUCAGAAUACACAGUGCAUCAGUUUGUUGUGUAUGGGGCUGCAAUAGGGAGACCAACACAGUAUUAGGAAGGUGGUUAUAAUGUUAUGCCUGAUCGGUCUAUGUUCUUGUUUUAAAAGGACUCUUUUAUGUACUUGGAUUUGGUUAGUCCUUAUUGGCUGACCAGAGUGGUUUUAAUUUGUUUAAUGCUGGACUGUCUACACAAUUAGCGUCCACACCCUGACGUAUAUCAUGCUAUGUGCUAACCAACUGAUCAAUGCAUCAACAUACUUAUUCAUUACCGUCUUGUCUGGACGGACAUACCCGAUUCCCUUGUAUCGUGAUUUAAACUGCUCUCCAGCUUACCUUGACCACAGGGCUGCGAGGGUCUGUUGAUGGACUCGGGUCUCUUUGUGCACUCUGCUCUUUCGGUCUGUAAGUGAUGACUAAUAUGAAAACAAGGCAUGUAUGACAAUGGUUACAUUCGCUUUUAAGGGGCACGCUAUAUGGCCAAAAGUAUGUGGACACCCCUUUUAAUUAUCUGUUCCCUGCAGGAUGAACUGGGCUGUGGAUUGCCAGCCUGUCCAACAUUGACAUGACCAGGCUCUUUUGAAUGAAUGGGCACAAAAAUCAGAGCCGUACUGCCCUGUGUGAAUCAUCCAUCAUUUGUGCAGCCAUCUCGACCGGCCAGCAGAGGAACCCUGCCCUCCAUACCUCCCUCAGGCACGCCAAAUUGGAUUUACACUGUUACACUGACAAAACUCCAUUGAAAAUGAGCCAGGAUGUCCACCCAGCUGUCGGGCAUCUCGACCGGCCAGCAGAGGCUGCUAUUGCACCAGCAAUGUGGAACCCUGUCGGCCUCCCUACCUCACUCAGGCACGCUGAAUUGGGCCUCAUGGAUACUCAGCCUGGUUGAUACUGCCACACUCCAAAUUCCUGUCUAAAGCAAGACACACUUUUGGCCAUACAGCGUAACUCACAAGUGCAUGUAAAGCUGUACAGGUACGUUAACACUUAUCUGAACAUGGUACUCACCUGUGUACAUAUCCUGACAAUAAACACAUAACAAAUGCAAA